AUGCUGGGCGCCCGGGGCGGGUGGCGAGCCCUCCGCCGCUGCGCCUCCCUGCCGCGGGCCGUGCGGCUGCGGGUGCGCGAGGCGCUGCGGGCGCGGGAGCCGGCGGACGCGGUCAUGGUGCAGGGCUGGGUCCGCUCUGUCCGAUCCCAGAAGGAAGUUUUGUUCCUGCACAUAAAUGAUGGGAGUUCUCUGGAAAGCCUCCAGGUGGUUGCUGAUCCCAGCCUGGAAAAGAGAGACCUGACUUUUGGAAGCGCAGUGGAAGUGCAAGGGAAGCUGGUCAAAAGUCCUCAUAGGAUGCAAAACAUGGAGCUGCAAGCUGAAACCAUUCGUGUGGUGGGACCUUGUGAUAUUUGGUCAUUUCCCCUGAAAAUGAAGGAGAGGCACCCACUGGAAUAUGUCCGACAGUUCCCUCACCUGCGAUGCAGGAACAACACACUGGGCGCCCUCCUGCGAAUCCGCAGUGAAGCCACUGCAGGCAUCCACUCCUUCUUCCAGGAUAAUGGAUAUGUACAUAUUCAUACCCCCAUAAUUACAUCCAAUGACUGUGAAGGUGCUGGGGAACUCUUUCAAAUUGAGGCAUCAAGAGAGGCAAAGGACUCUGCAGAAAAGACCCAUUUCUUCAAUGUGCCUGCCUUCCUGACAGUUUCUGGCCAGCUCCAUUUGGAAGUAAUGGCAGGGGCUUUUACUCACGUGUUCACCUUUGGCCCGACAUUCCGAGCGGAAAACUCGCAGAGUCGCCGGCACCUGGCAGAGUUCUACAUGGUGGAGGCUGAGCUGUCCUUCACUGAAAGCCUUCAGGACAUCAUGCAGGUUAUGGAAGAUCUUGUCAAGACAGUGACAAGCACUGUGCUCUCCAAAUGUCCUCGUGAUGUUGAGCUUUUUCAUAAAUACAUAGCUCCUGCACAGAAGGGCAGGUUGGAACAAAUACUGAAGCACAAAUUCAUGAUCAUUUCCUACAGUGAAGCAGUGGAAAUUUUGAAGCAAGCUCCUCAAACUUUCACUUUCAAGCCAGAGGGAUUUUGCUGGGUCUCUUGCCAUGGGCAAGAGGCACCAAAGCAGAUACCCAGGCCCCUUUUCCUGUCCUUACAGUGGGGAUGUGACCUCCAAACAGAACAUGAGAAGUACCUGGUGAAGCACUGUGGGGAGGUUCCUGUGUUUGUCAUUAACUACCCAUACAACCUCAAACCUUUCUACAUGCGGGACAAUGAAGAUGGACCUCAACACACAGUUGCAGCUGUUGAUCUCCUUGUACCAGGAGUAGGGGAGUUGUGUGGAGGCAGUUUGAGAGAGGAGCGACUGCCCUUCCUUGAAUCACGCUUACAGAGGUUAGGACUCACAAAUACCUAUCAAUGGUAUCUAGACCUCCGAAAAUUUGGAUCAGUUCCUCAUGGAGGCUUCGGAAUGGGGUUUGAACGCUACCUGCAGUACGUCUUGGGAGUUGACAAUAUCAAAGAUGUUAUACCUUUCCCCAGGUUUUCUCACUCCUGUCUCCUGUAG